AUGUCAAUAGCUGCAUUGUUUGGUAAGUUGAGAGAACAUGAACUAGAUCUCGGAAGAUUGAACAAGGAUGAAGAAAAAAGUAAUAAAAAAACCUUAGCGUUCAAAUCAGAGAUUGAUAAAAGUCUUAAAGAAGAAGAUGACUCUGAAGAAGAUAAGGAUGAUGUGGGUCUCUUCGUUAAGAAAUUUAAUAAGUUCAUGAAGUUCAAAAGAAGAAGAAGAUUCAAAGGCAAAAAGAAGGAAAACAAGGAAUCUUCACCAAAUUAUCAUUGUUAUGAUUGCAGUGAGAAAGGACACAUGAAGGCAGAUUGUCCAAUCCCAAAGAAGGGUGAAGAAAGAGGCCAAAAAAAGUUCUUCAAGAAGAAGAAGGCAUAUAUUGCUUGGGAGGAAGAUAAUGAUUCUACAACAAGCUCAAGCGACUCUAAUGAGCAAGCCAACAUAUGUUUGAUGGCUGAUGAUGACAUCUUUGAAAAUCAAAUAAGUUCUAAAUCCAGGAAGUCCAUGUGGUACCUUGAUAGUGGUUGUUCAAGGCACAUGACAUGA